AAACAAUAUUCUAGCAAAAAAACCUACUCCAUAUAGGAGUGCAUAUUAAGGAUUUCUCAAGGUACAUGUUUCCCAUCCAAUUUUAUUCCAUCGUUCUGAACCCAUGUCAAACUGUGAUAUCAGGAAUAUAAGGCUGCCUGCUUCUAAACGAAUGUGCUAGUAUUAUCCUUUUUAAAAAUACUUCAGAAUUUGUUUCGUUGCAAUUUGGUUCAGAAUUUUUAAAGAUAUCUAGUCAUGGAAAGUAAGAGACAAAUUAACGAAGUUGAUGAUAGUCUUUCAGUUCUUAUAGAUGAUGGUAUUGUAGAUGAAUUGAGAAACAGCAUCGAACGAAGGCUUCUCAGUGAAACACCAAUGCCAGCAACCCGCUGCAUCUUCAAAGUUCCCGAUAAGAUUCGGCUCAAAAAACCACAAGCAUACGAACCUGACAUCGUCUCAAUCGGACCCUAUCACAGUGGCCCCAAUGGCAAUUCUGGCAAUAAAUUCCGACUCAUGGAAAAUGUGAAGCACUGGUACUUGCACUGCCUUCUCUCACGCGUUAACAUAACUUUGGCAGGCUUGAUCUUAGGUGUCAUGGAUUUAGACAAACGCGCUCGCGACUAUUACGCAGAGCCAUUGGAUCAUCUCAAGAAGAAAGACUUCCUCGACAUGAUGGUACUCGACGGAUGCUUCCUAAUCGAACUAUUUCGAAAAGGACCCCAUCACUCCGACAUUAACGACCCCGUUUACAGUGUGUCCUGCACUAUGGAAUAUCUUUACCAUGACCUUAUCCUGCUAGAAAAUCAGCUGCCAUGGUUUGUUCUCGAGCGGUUAUACAAUUUAACUGCCGUGGAGAAUACUACUCGCCAAGGAAAUGCUCCCUCCCUCUUCGACCUUGUCCUCACCUUCUUCACAAAAAUCAUCCCGAACAAGCAUGUUCUAAGGCCGAAACGCCCUCACAAAAUCCUGCACAUACUCGAUGUCAUAAGAGCCGUGAUCGUUGCCCCGUUUGAAGCCCCGCCCAAAGAGGAGAGGAAGGAUAGAGAGCUGCCGCAGACGAUUCCAAACGUGACAACUCUGUCCAAAGCCGGCAUUCAAUUCCAAAAGGGCUCCAGUGGCUGCAUACUGGACAUAAAUUUCAAAAACGGGGUGUUCACUAUUCCACCACUACCAUUCGACGAGACGACAGAGCCGCUCUUCAGGAAUCUCAUCGCCUUCGAGCAAUGCCACCACAAACGCCGCCACAAAAUAACAUCUUACGCCGUCCUGAUGGAGAGUUGCAUCGAUUCGAGCAAGGACAUCGACCUUCUUUGCGACAGGCAAAUACUGGGGAACUGGCUGAGCGCGCAAGACGCUGCACAGUUCUUCAACUUGCUGUACAAUGACACGACGGUCGACGGAUUCUACUACCAGGGACUCUGCGCUAAAGUGAAUGAGUAUUACAACUCUAAAUGGAACAAGUGGAUGGGAAUGCUGUGGCGCGACUAUCUUGAUACGCCGUGGACGAUUAUUUCUUUGAUUGCGGCGUUUAUUCUGCUGGUUCUUACAACGUUGCAGACAGUAUACACAAUGAAUCAGUAUUAUCAUCCUCCUAAGUAGUUAUGUUAACUUGGAUGUGAGUUAAACAGAAAUGUUCGGUGUGUUAUUGUCUUGAUUUUCUUUCGUUGCCAACGCUUAAGGCUUGGACAUGUAAUGGGUUUUUGUCUGAGUGUUAGAAACUUGUGAGAGCCACAAGUUUCGUCAUUUGAAGUUUUUUUGGACAACCUUGUGACGGCUUGAUCAAGUAUCUUGUCCGACCACCAAAUAAUAUGUUGUCACGUUGUUAUAUCUUGUAUUGCUUAUUGGAGAUUUUGUUUGUUA